AUUUCUUUUUUUCUUUGUAGUGUAUUGUCAUCCAAUGGCCUUUAAAAGGAAAUGUCUGAUUCAGCUGACAUAUGCAGCAUUUACCGUGAAUGCGAUCUCCGUGAACAUUGCCUUUAAAAGCCGCAUUGCCUGUUACCCGCAAUUGGAUUGAAUCCCGGGUUUAGACAACACUAGACCUCAUAUUUUACACGUUUAAUGUUUUUCAAUAAACAAUUUCCAUAAAGAUUCAAAUUUCAUGAUAGAGAAAUUGAAUAUCAUAAGAAGAUAAAGUUGCUUGCUUACUGGUGACUUGUGGCCACUAGGGCCCCUCCUUCACUAUAUGAAAACAGUGUCUUCAUGUUUUAUGAUUGGUUGUCAUUCUAUACUAUAUAAGGCCUAAGGCCGAUUCUUUAAAAAUCCACCAGGAAAUCAAAAAGCUAGCCGAUCCCUCUAGAUUUCCAUUCGUUGCGCUGAUUCUAUUUAGCAUUCCCUCCAGAGACGAUUUUCAACUUCCUUCAAACUACAUGCAGACAAAAAAAUGGUAUCCAUGAGUUCAUAUGACUCUGGGUAAGUAGAACAAUUGCCAAAAUCUUUAACUAUUCCUUUAAGUGAAUUUUUAAGUUAUUGGCCUUUUAGAAUUCAGUGUUCCAAACAACCUCCAUUUCUAAUAUGUUUGUAGCACAGAUGCCCUACUGUACAUUUUGGGACCCAUUAAAAGAAGCAUUACUAACUAGUCACGGCUCUAAAUGGGAACACAUCAAGUAUAUCACGUUUGUCUGAUUUAUACCAUAACCUAUUGACAAUUGUUUAUAACACAUCUUUGCUGCUUUCUUUUCGUAGUUUUCAUCAGACAUGUUUCUUCCUCUGUCGUAUUAAUGCAGAGUGGUCCAAUUCCUAUGUUGACAUAUAAUAGUGGCUCCAUUAAAUCACCACAUGUGCCUGUGGGAGACUUGUACGAGGUUUGAGAAGUAGUACAUUUUUCAAGCUAGGAUUUUGGCCGGGAUGCGUGACGAAUCUCUCUGAAAGUCGGUGGGACCUGGACAUCAGAGAAGACAGAUAGCUCUGGACACCAGAUUCAGCAGUGCCAAUGAAGAAAUGUUGGAUGAAGAUAUCUCAUUAUAUAGAUGCUGUCGAAUUCCUCGCCCAAAUCGAAAAGAUUGUGUCGAAAAAUCGCAACAACAAGAUACCUCUUGCAAAGCCGAAAAGUUACGAGUUGAGAAUCGGAGGUCUGGAGGACACUGUUCACGCUGGAGAUGGUGAACAGUUAGAAGUUUGGAAAGACUGCUACCUUCCAAAGAGAAUGGAGAUGGUGGUCAUUGGUGCCCUGGAUGACUUCCGCUGUUCGGCAGCAGGAUGGCAGCUGGUUCUCCUGUUAUGUGAAGAUGGCAAUGUCUACGCCUACGAGUUUGAAGUUCUACACCUUGUUGCCAGAAGCUUGGAGGAUCUCUUUAAAUCUGGAGCAGAGUUCCCAGGACUGGAGAAACACAGAUUUGGAGAAUGCUUUGAGGAAUUGACUGAGGAAGAGAUGAAGAAAGAGAUGCAAUGUGUUGAAAUAAAGAAAAUCAAUGACGAGCAUAUUCAGUUCCGAAGAAGUUUGGAGAUUGAGAUACUGAGGAAUCUCAAAGCAAUCAGUCAAUCUGAGCCAACCUUUCAAUCCAACAAAGUGAUGAGCCAAGUCGGACCGAAUAUUCAAGGCCUUCAAAGGAAGGACUACAAAGGAAGCAGGACAACUUCAAUGGCUCAGACACAAGAGGAUUACAAUCCUCACAAGAGGAUUACAAAAAGAAAACCAGCCCCGUCGCGGACCAGGAUGCCUUGCUCCCAGACAUACUAAAUAACGUCUUUGCUCGCUUUGAGGACAAUACAGUGCCACUGACAUGGCCCGCUACCAAAACCUGGGACUCUUCUUCACUGCAGCCGACAUGAGUAAUACAUUUAAACGUGUUAACCCUCGCAAGGCUGCAGGCCCAGACGGCAUCCCCAGGCGCGUCCUCAGAGGAUGCGCAGACCAGCUGGCUGGUGUGUUUACGGACAUAUUCAAUCAAUACUUAUCCCAGUCUGCUGUCCACAUAUGCUUCAAGAGGGCCACCAUUGUUCCUGUUCCCAAAAAAGUUAAGUCAGUUGAUGCCAGACAUGGGGGGCAUGGGCAACCUGCCGGGCGCCAACCCUCUCUCUGCCUCGGGGGUGAGGAAGACGUGGCACGAGCACGUCACUCAGGACCUACGCACCCACCUGGUGCACAAACUAGUACAAGCCAUAUUCCCCACCCCAGACCCCGCAGCACUGAAGGAUCGGCGGAUGGAGAACCUGGUGGCGUACGCUAGGAAGGUGGAAGGGGACAUGUACCAGUCUGCCAACAGCAGGGUAAUGAACUCCAGUGGAGGCUGCUGAGGGGAGGACGGCUCAUAAUGGCUGGAACCGAGCGAAUGGAAUGGCGUUAAACACAUUGAAGCUAUGUGUUUGAUGUAUUUGAUACCAUUCUGCUCCAGUCAUUACCAAGAGCCCGGGCCAGCCAAUCAGAUUGAGUUUACCCCCAAAAUAGGGCUUUAUUGCAGACAGAAAUACUCAGUUUCAUCAGCUGUCCGGGUGGCUGGUCUCCGACGAUCCCGCAGGUGACGAAGCCGGAUGUGGAGGUCCUGGGCUGGCGUGGUUACACGUCGUCUCCAGUUGUGAGGGCGGUUGAACGUACUGUAAAAUUCUCUAAAACACAUAUGUCAGAGUCAAGGCCCGCGGGCCACAUCCGGCCCGCAAGAAGGUUUUUUACGGCCCCUGGGAUGAUCUUGAUUUAUUAUUAGAACCGGCCCGCAGCAAGCCGGCAGCCCGCAGAUCUUUUACACGCACCAAUACUACAUUUCCCACAAUGCAAAGGUGACGCACCGAGCAGUAGGCUGCUUCAUUUCAAUAUUUAUUGGCACAGCAGUCGUCAGCAUCACAGUAAAAUUAACUUUCAGAUACCCAUCAAAAAUGGCAAAACGGAAGGUGGAUACUGAGAACCGGGGUUUCAAACAAGGUGGGAGUCGGAGUAUAUGUUCACGAAGGUAGCUGGAAAACCUGUGUGUCUUCUGUGUGGAGAAAGUGUGGCGGUACUGAAAGAGUAUAAUCUGAGACGACAUUAUGAAACGAAACACGCGGACAAAAACAAGAAUAUGGACAUGGAACAAAGGCUACAAAAGGCAGAGGAAUUAAAACGAGGCCUCAAAUCUCGACAGGCUCUGUUCAAAAAGCCAAAUCACAAGGCCAGGCUGCUGUCAAGGCCAGUUUUAUUUUGGCAGAAGAGAUCGCUAAAUCAGCCCGGCCAUUUACGGAGGGGGAUUUCAUCAAAAACUGCAUGAUUAAAGUUUGUGACGAAGUUUGCCCAGAAAAAGGCAACUCUUUUUAAAUGUGAGUCUGAGCAGAAACACCAUUGCCGAGAGAGUAGACCAGUUGUCCAUCAAUCUAAAAGAGCAGCUUGUGAAAAAGGAAAAGAUUUUAUUGCAUAUUCCUUGGCUGUGGAUGAGAGCACCGACAUUUCUGACAUUGCCCAGUUGUCAAUUUUCAUCCGCGGAGUGGACUCCAACCUAAGCGUGACAGAGGAGUUUUUGGCUUUACGUCCUAUGCAUGGCACAACUACGGGGCAUGAUUUGUAUGAAGAGGUGUCAAGAUGUGUAAAUGAGAUGGAGCUGCCUUGGGAAAAACUCGUGGGUUUGACAACCGACGGAACACCUGCGAUGUGUGGACACAGGAGCGGACUGGUGGCGAAGAUACGGGAAAAGAUGCAAGAGGAAAACGCGACAGGUGAGCUGACAGCUUAUCAUUGUAUCAUACACCAGGAAGCGUUGUGCGGUAAAGCCUUGAAAAUGGAGCAUGUAAUGAGCAUCAUCACGCGCACAGUUAACUUUAUCAGAGCCAAAGGUUUGAAUCACCGCCAGUUCAAGGCAUUUCUGACGGAGUUAGAAACGGAGCAUGGUGAUUUGCCUUAUCACACAGAGGUGUGAUGGCUAAGCCAGGGAAAGGUGCUUCAAAGAUGUUUCGAGCUUCGUGAGGAGAUUUGUCUGUUCUUGGACAGCAAAGGGAAAGACACAACACAACUCCGAGACGAAAUGUUUCUGUGUGAAAUGGCUUUUCUGUGUGACAUUACGAGUCAUCUGAAUGCAAUAAACUUGCAGCUGCAGGGUCGGGAUCGUGUCAUCUCUGAUAUGUACAGUACAGUGAAGGCAUUUAAAACCAAACUGACUCUGUGGGAGACGCAGAUGCGGAAAGAAAAUUUGAGCCACUUUCCCAGCUGCCAGACCAUGAAAGAGAAGCUCUCUACCAGUGCGUUCCCGAGCACACAGUUGGCUGAUAAAAUAGGUAUGCUUGCCGCUGACUUUCGACGCCGAUUUGCUGACUUUGAAGCACAAAAAGCAGGUUGGAACUGCUCGGUAACCCAUUUGCUGUUGACGUGGAAAGCUCACCACCAAACCUCCAAAUGGAGUUGAUUGACCUCCAAUGCAAUGAUGCACUGAGGGCAAAAUAUGCGGCAGUGGGUGCUGCGGAGUUCGCCCGUUUCCUCCCGGCACAAUGCCCCAGCUGCGCAUCCAGGCUGCUCAAACGUUGUCUAUGUUUGGCAGCACAUACCUGUGUGAACAACUGUUUUCUUUGAUGAACCUGAACAAAACAUCACACAGAAGUCGACUUACUGCUGAACACCUCCACUCAAUUCUGAGGAUUUCUUCAGCUCAGAGCCUUACCCCGAACAUUGAUGAACUUGUGGAAAAGAUGGGACACCACCAAGUAUCACCCUCAACCUCAAACAAGUGAACAUUACUGUGCAAUCACAUAUUUAGAGUUUUUACUCAGUUCAAGUUUAAAGUUAAAAUUUAAUAUUUGUUUUCACUGCAUGUUACUUCUCCUUAAACAAAGUGUUGUUUUUGAUUAAUAGAUUUUUGCACUUUAUUUUUUUGUAUUUCAAUCCAAUUAUAUUUUAAAAAUAUUUCAGUUGAGUGGAUGAUAGAAAAUUGCUAUUAUUGUUUUUUCUUUGAAGUAAAUUUAGCCCACUUUUGCUAAAAUAGAAAAUAUAGUCUACUGAUGGUGCCUUGAAUACCGGUUUCUUUCAUUUAAUGUUCAUGUUAUGGGGAUAUUUAUAUAAAGGAAAUUUGUCUUUUGUGUCUGUUGAAAAUUAAAGAUUACUGACAGAGCCAUAAGAAAAUAUUGCUUUAUUUAUCUGAUCAUAUUGUAAUAUAUUUGUUAGGUUUUCAGUAGGUUCAAUUAGGUUCACUAGACUAUAUGCGUCAUUUAAACAUUUUUCAAUGAACAUUCGAACAGUCCGGCCCUCGUCUUGUAGCUGAUUUUUUUAUUUGGCCCUCCGUCCAUUUGACUUUGACACCCCUGCCCUAGACCCACUCCAAUUUGCUUACCGCCCGAAUAGGUUCACAGACGACGCAAUCGCAACCGCACUGCACACUGCCCUAACCCAUCUGGACAAGAGGAAUACCUAUGUCAGAAUGCUGUUCAUCGACUACAGCUCAGCAUUUAACACCAUAGUACCCUCCAAACUCGUCAUCGACCCUGGGUCUCGACCCCGCCCUGUGUAACUGGGUACUGGACUUCCUGAUGGGCCGCUCCCAGGUGGUGAGAGUAGUGUCAUGAUGUUGCCCUCUUUGAGUACAGCGAGCACCAUCCCCGCUCUCUGCUUCUACAACCAGACUGCUGUGGGCAGAGUAAGGUCGUAAAUUCCCAAGGAAUUUCCCCGUAAAUUCCCUGCCUCAUCGACACACAGUUAUAGAGAGUAGUUUUCAUGGAGACAAAGGAAAUCCUUCCACCUCACAGAACGUGAGGUACGAACAAAUUUCAUGUUCCAGAGAAAGUGUAAAAGAUUGGUGAAGAAUCCAGCUACGAACUGGUGCGUUUGUCACAACAGCUCAAGAGAGACGGUGUGGCCACAUUACCAUAACGCUGUUUAUAUAAUAGCCUCAGAUAUCAAAUCAAAUCAAAUGUAUUUAUAUAGCCCUUCGUACAUCAGCUGAUAUCUCAAAGUGCUGUACAGAAACCCAGCCUAAAACCCCAAACAGCAAGCAAUGCAGGUGUAGAAGCACGGUGGUUAGGAAAAACUCCCUAGAAAGGCCAAAACCUAGGAAGAAACCUAGAGAGGAACCAGGCUAUGUGGGGUGGCCAGUCCUCUUCUGGCUGUGCCGGGUAGAGAUUAUAACAGAACAUGGCCAAGAUGUUCAAAUGUUCAUAAAUGACCAGCAUGGUCGAAUAAUAAUAAGGCAGAACAGUUGAAACUGGAGCAGCAGCACGGCCAGGUGGACUGGGGACAGCAAGGAGUCAUCAUGUCAGGUAGUCCUGGGGCAUGGUCCUAGGGCUCAGGUCCUCCGAGAGAGAGAAAGAGAGAGAGAAGGAGAGAAUUAGAGAACGCACACUUAGAUUCACACAGGACACCAAAUUGGACAGGAGAAGUACUCCAGAUAUAACAAACUGACCCCAGCCCCCCGACACAUAAACUACUGCAGCAUAAAUACUGGAGGCUGAGACAGGAGGGGUCAGGAGACACUGUGGCCCCAUCCGAGGACACCCCCGGGCAGGGCCAAACAGGAAGGAUAUAACCGGUGGGGUGUGCCAAUGCACAGAUAUGAGGUUUACAUCUAAUUGUUGUAUAAGAUGAAUAAGUGAAGAUGAUACUGUUUGAAUAAUGGUGUCAUAUGAUUGUGGACUGUUUAAACCUGUUAACGGGAGUGGUUCCCAUUUGGGAACGAACCCUCCCACGUUCAGCUGGAACGUGGCGCAUGGAACGCAAAAAUAUUCUUAGAAAUAUUUAACCUCCACACAUUAACAAGUCCAAUAGCUCAAAUGAAAGAUAAACACCUUGUUCAUCUAGCCAGCAAGUCAGAUUUCUAAAAUGUUUUACGGCGAAAACAUAGCACAUAUUUAUGUCAAACCACCACCAAAGACACAGCUCAUUUGAAUAGCCAAAAAAUGCAAUCAACAAACGCAGGAUUAACCUCUUACCUCUACCUGGGACGCUUGCGUCCCAACUAGAGCUCUGGAAAUGCAAAUGCGCUACGCUAAAUGCUAAUAGUAUUAGUUAAAACUCAAAAGUUCAUUAAAAUACACAUGCAGGGUAUCAAAUUAAAGCUACACUCGUUGUGAAUCCAGGCAACAAGUCAGAUUUUUAAAAUGCUUUUCGGCGACAGCAUGAGAAGCUAUUAUCUGAUAGCAUGCACCAAUACACUACAACAGAAAAGCACAGCAGGGGACGUAAACAAAAUAAUUAGCAUUUCGGCGUUACACAAACCGCACAAUAAAAUAGAAAACAGUCAUUACCUUUCACCAUCUUCUUUGUUGGCACUCCUAGAUGUCCCAUAAACACUAUUGGGUCUUUAUUUCGAUUAAAUCGGGCCAUAUAAAGCCAAGAUAUCGUUAUAUGUAGACUGUGUGAUAAACGAAAAAAACAGCGAUUUCACAACGUAACGUCAUUUUUUAAAAUUCAAAAAGUAGACGAUAAACUUUCACAAAACACUUCGAAAUACGUUUGUAAUGCUACUUUAGGUAUUAGUAAACGUUAAUAAGCGAUAAAAAUCAUCCGUAGGCGAUGUACAUUCAUUUGCUGUCGUCUUGGAAAAAAUUUCAGGAGAGAGCUCUUCCGGAAUGAUCUGGGCGGAGACCGGUUCAACCAAGAAUCAAAGAGGAUUAAAUUCACAAGAUACUCGACUGCAUGGGGAUGCUGUGGGAGUUGAAUGCUCGGUCUUAUCUAAUUCGGCUCACUGUUAACAAUUGCUGGAAGUGGCGCAAGGAUAUUUAUUUCCAUUUUCUGUGAUCAGGUUUUCCUGCGCUUUCCGAUGUAACGCACGUUAUGUAAUAGCCACAGUCGUGAUUUAACCAGUUUUAAAAACGUCCGAGGGUUUCCUAUACACACAUUCUAACCAUAUGAACGUACUAUAUUCCUGGCAUGAGUAGCAGGGCGCUGAAAUGUUGCGCGAUUUUUAACAAAAUGUUCAAAAAAGUAGAGGGUAGGAGCAACUAGUUAAAAGAAAAAUAAUUCACUAACCUUUUGAAAAUCUUCAUCAGAUGACAGUAAUAGGACAUGUUACACAGUACAUUUAUGUUUUUUUCAAUAAUAUGCCAUUUAUAUCCAUAAAUCUCUGUUUACAAUGACGCCAUGUUGAAAAAAUGCUACUCAAAUGUCCGGAGAAAUGAUGAUAGCUCCAUCAGAUAACGUCAGAUAACAAGCAAUACACAUCAUAAACUUUGACUAAAUAUACAUGUUCUACAUAUAGAUAGAAAGAUACACUUCUUCUUAAUGCAACCGCUGUGUUACAUUUAUUUUUAACGUUACAGAAUUCGUUCACUAGGCUAUAAUAUGAGACGGCGCUCACACAUUAGCAUUAUGUCUCCUCUAUGUUAGAGUCCACAGAAACACAAAAAUUACGACAUAAAUAUUCCCUUACCUUUGAUGAUCUUCGAUCAGAAGCCGUGGAAGGAGUCAUACUUACCAAAAACUGCGUUUGGUUUUCAAGUCUGUGUCUUUGGGCUAUCAAACGCGACAAAAACCGUCUGAAAUGCAGCCAAAAUUCUAGUGGAUGCGCAUCAAAACUUCAAAAUUACAUAUUAUAUGUCGACUAAACUGGUCAAACUAAGUGCAGAAUCAAGCUUUAGCAUGUUCUAAACGUGCUAAACAAUUCUUAGCUCGAACAGACAAACCGACAUCGUUUGGUCAAUCCUGAAAGAAAGAGAGCUCCGGACCCGACGCGCGCAUGAAAGUACAUGUAUUUUCGCGUGACCCGAAGGUUUCAGCCCGCCAAAAGUCGAGGGAGCGCGCGAUUCUCACAAUGAAACGCCCCAUUGAAAGGAGACAUCGCGCUGAAGAGAUAGAAACUGUUCCCAGAUCCGUAGCUGGUUGGGAAGGGUGGGGGCGAUGACGUCAAAGUUGGCCCAACUUUUCUGAUGACAAGAGAGAGUUUGGGAGAAUGGCUGCCCUGAGAGUUCUGCUUUACAUACAGACAUAAUUUGAAUGGUUUUAGAAGCUUUAGAGUGUUUUCUAUUCAAUAAUAAUUAUAUGCAUAUAUUAGCAAUUUUGGACAGAUUUUUUUCUGUUUACUAUGGGCACGCAAUUCCUCCAAAGGGGGCAGUAUUCAGCCCUAUCCCCAAGAGGUUUUAACAGGUUUUAAUGAAGAAAAAUACAAUUCCCUUUUGAUUUGAACUAAAUCAGAGGACCGCCCCUGAGCCCAGUUAGGGUCAGACAUCCUGGGACAGCCCUUGUCUGCCAUUCUGAAUAAAACCCCACUUUGAGAAAUUAUCAGUAGACCAUGUUUUUCUCCAUUAGGAGGGGGACUAAAGGUUGUAGACCAUUUCUGAAUCGUUUAACCAUACCACGUGGUUAAAACUCUUGGACUAUCGAUACCGACAGAAUAAGAACAAGUCUUUGAUACUAAUUACUAGUCUGCAGCUAGGAAUUCGGCAUCAGUGAACGCGAAGAACGACACACCGCCGAAACCACUAUUCUAUAACGAAUGUCACUUUGAACUAUCCCCUCUAACCAAGACAGAGAGAGAGGGAGAGAGAGACGGACAAUCCUACAAAAUAAAUUAACUUUUCACCAGCGAUCAAGACGACACACUGAGCGUAAAUAUAUAUAUUGAUUGCAAUUGUUCCCGAAUGAGUGAGCGUUCAUGUGUAAGGGAUUUGAUUUGAUUUGAAACCAUCAAGAAAUCUCACAUGUCAAAUGCCAAUGGUGGGUCUCGACCAUGUCUUGUGAUGAACACAGAUCACAAACUGCACUUUUUGUUUUGCUGUUUGACCACUUGUACAGUAUUAUCUCUGCACAGGUUUAUGGAUUUCAUGGCAAAAUGAGUCUGGACUUCAGUAUAAACAUGUUUUAUGUUUUUGUAGUUUGAGUAUAAUGCCCAGAAAGAGGCAAAGUUUGAGGUUACUUAGUGCAAUUGUGAUCAAUUAUGAUACAGAAAAAUUGUUAUAUACCAUGCAUUGAGAAAGUAUUCAAACCCCUUCACUUUCUCCACAAUGUGUUACGUUACAGCCUUAUUCUAAAAUGGAUUACAUUAAACAUUUUCCUCAUCAUUCUACACACAAUACCCCAUAAUGACAAAGUAAAAAAAUGUUUUGGAAAUUUUUGCACAUUUAUUCAAAAUAAAAAGCAGACACCUUAUUUACAUAAGUAUUCAGACCCUUUGCUAUGAGACACAAAAUUGAGCUCAUGUGCAUCCUGUUUCCAUUGAUCAUCCUUUAUGUUUCUACAACUUGAUUGGAGUCCAUCUGUGAUAUUCAAUUGAUUUGGAGAUGAUUUGGAAAGGCACACACCUUUCUAUAUAAGGUUCCACAGUUGACAGUGCAUGUCAGAGUAACAUUGUGUCGGAUUGUAUCGAGGCAAAGAUCUGGGGAAGGGUAUCAAACAAUUUCUGCAGCAAUGAUGGUCCCCAAUAACUUCCAUCAUUCUUAAAUGGUAGAAGUUUGGAACCACCAAGACUCUUCCUAGAGCUGGCUACCCGGCCAAACUGAGCAAUCGGGGGAGAAGGGCCUUGGUCAGGGAGGUGACCAAGAACCCGAUGGUCACUCUGACAGAGCUCCAGAGUUCCUCUGUUGAGAUGGGAGUACCUUCCAGAAGGACAACCAUCUCUGCAGCACUGUACCAAUCAGGCCUUUAUAUGGUAGAGUGGCUAGACGCAAGCCACUCCCCAGUAAACAGUACAUGACAGUCCACUUGGAAUUUGCCAAAAGGCACAUAAAGGACUCUCCGACCAUGAGAAACAAGAUUCUCUGGUCUGAUGAAACCAAUAUUGGACUCUUUGGCCUGACUGCCAAGCGUCACUUCUGGAGGAAACCUGGCACCAUCCCUACGGUGAAGCAUGGUGGUGAUAGCAUCAUGCUGUGGGGAUGUCUUUCAGUGGCAGGGACUCUGAGACUAGUCCAGAUCGAGGGAAAGAUUAAUGGAGCAAAGUAUAGAGUGAUCCUUGAUGAAAACCCUCUCCAGAGCGCUCAGGACCUCAGACUGGGGCGAUGGGUUCACCUUCCAACAGAACAACGACCCUAAGAACACAGCCAAGACAGCGUAGGAGUGGCUUCUGGACAAGUCUCUGAAUGUCCUUGAGUAGCCCAGCCAGAGCCAGGACUUGAACCCAAUCAAACAUCUUUGGAGAGAUAUGGAAAUAGCUGUGCAGUGACGGUCCCCAUCCAAUCUGACAGAGCUUGAAAGGAUCUGCAGAGAAGAAUGGGAGAAACUCCCCAAAUACAGGUGUGCCAAGCUUGUAGCACCACACACAAGAAGACUUGAGGCUGUAAUCACUGCCAAAGGUGCUUCAACAAAGUACUGAGUAAAGGGUCUGAAUACUUAUGUAAAUGUGAUAUUUCAUUUUUUUUUGCAAACCUUUCUAAAAACCUGUUUUUGGUUUGUCAUUAUGGGGUAUUGUAUGUUGAUUGAUUAGGGGGGAAAUUAUUUCAUCCAUUUUAGAAUAAAGUUGUAACGUAACAAAAUAUGGAAAAAGUCAAGGGGUCUGAAUACUUUCCAAUUGCACUGUAUAUUUGCUAAGGUUUUCAAAAGGAGUGCAUUUUGAGAUAUUUGUAGAUAUUAUUAAAAUAGUUACUUCAGCAAAUUACACAUUUAGAUAUUUGUUUCCUCAUUUUAAAAGAAGUCUAUGGACAAGGGGUGACUGCAAUCCACACUCAUUGUGAUUAAAACUGGCCAAUUCCAAUAAAUGCUUAUAAGCAUUUUGGGGCCAAAAACCAAUAAAAGUCCAUUUAGAAUUCAGUUUAAAAUUCCAUGUCCAAAUCAUCUCCUAAAUUGAUUUUAACUCAAUGACUUGUUUUUAAAUUAUUUUGCAACGAUUUUGGCAUGACAUUUUGGUAAACAUGAGAGGCUGACUUGAAAGUAGUGCUAACUGCUAUUUGUUUGCAUUGGCUAGUUGAAUGAAACCAAAUUGUGGAUUGCAGUCAGACUUCAAACCCAAAUAUUGCUUUCAGGGCAAGGAAACAACUAUCAAAAAAUGUAUUUCACUAAACUAUCCCUUUAGGCUUCUGGAACUUGUUGAUGGAAUUUAUAGGUUUAAAUGAAUGACUAGAAUAUUCCACCCUGAAGCCAUAUCAUUGUAUAAAAUUGUUAGUCAGUAAAAUUAUAAGACAAGAGAUUUGGGAAAGGACAGGGAGUACGUCUCAAGGUCCCAAGGUCUCCCUAAUCUUUGUCGUCUGGGUAGUGGGACAGUAUGUGCGUAGGAGACCUAAUGUUUGUGUGUGAAAGUAUGUGCGUAAGAAGCCAGUAUAAAAUGAAUGUUUUUUUCCAACUAACCAGCGCUCUCGUAAAUAAACAUUGUUUACUAUUUUA